AUGACUUCGUCCAGCGACGGCCGCAAUGGCCCCGAGCACCAGCAGGAUGCAGAUGCUUCCAUGUCUACUCCUGCCUCAGCGGAACUUGCGACCGUGACGCCAGUGCCGGCCAGCGCGACCAACGAACCCGCGACGACAUCUACGGCCGCGACCGUGACUUCUGGGAUGCCUGCGACAGCCGACUCUACUUCUCAAAACCCUCCAACUGACGCAACCGCCACGUCUGCGCAACAACAGGCUGAGGAACCUGUGCCUGUACCGCCUUCAACUCCGAAGCGCAAUGGUGACGCGACCAACACCUUAGCGCAACAACCUACCUCAGCGUCUGCUUUAGAAACCCCCGUAAAGAGCAGUAACACCACUGCAGCCGCCCAAGCCGUGCCGGAGAUGCCAAAGGAUUCAGAUGGGGACACUGCCAUGACGGGCCAAACGCAAACUCAACCAGAACUUUCCCAGCAGCAAAUACAAAAACCUCAGCCUCCAAAUGUUGCCAGCGUGGCUACGAGCGAACAGUUUCCCCCCUCGACACCCUUCACGCCCGCACAAAUGGCGAACCUCGACCAACAUGCCUACAUGAUGAUGGCUCUUGCCUCCAUGUCGGGAGCUCAGAAUGCCAUGUCCCCACCGCCAACAGUUACGCCAUCCCAAGUUACACUCCCGAAUAUGUUGGACGAUGGAAUGAAUGGCACGGCGUCGACAAAUGCUUUGCGACAAGGCACUACUGAAAAGGGCUUGGAGUCUUUUGCGCGGAUAGAGUUCGCCGACAGUGUCUUUCAAAUGACAACCUACGCCGUCAUCAUUGGCCGUGACCAGCGAGCGUUGGAGCAAGCUCGCCGCGAUGAGAAACGGGCAGAUGAACACCAGCGCAGGGUCGAGGAGAACGCAAGCAAGGGUCUGCCGCCGCCAUCACCCAUUCGUCAUGAUCGGAGCAAGUUUAGUAAAUCCUACGUCAGUGAGGAAGGUGGUAUGCUCGGCCCAGAAUCUGACAGCGAGGGGAGUGGACGGCCACCAAAGAGACGGAAAACGAGUACAAAUGGAUCUUCACAACAGGAGGUCGAGGAAUCGCAGGAGAAUGUCAUCUCAAACCGCCAAUAUGUAUCACAUACACCAGGCGCGGCUGCUGUCGACCUGAGUUCUCUCCGCCCGUCACCCUACCACGUUCCAUUCAUUGGCAUUCACUCCCCUGGCCCGAAUAUUGCCGGCAAGACCAAGGCCAUCUCAAGAGAGCAUCUGAAAAUCGCAUAUAACAAGGAAGAGGGUGUUUUUGAAGCAUAUCCCCUGCACAAGAACGGCUUUUUCUGCGAAGAUGUACACUACAAGAGCGACAAGGUUGUCUUAAAAUGCGGCGAUCGGUUACAAAUCAAGGACGUGGACUUUCGAUUCAUAAUCAACGGCGUUGAAAAGGGACGAACCGGAGCCGAAGAGUAUCUGGAAGAAGAGCCUGUUCCCAAGAAACGCCAAUCUCAUGGUGGCAAAGAAAUGAGCUUUGACUUUGAGCAAUCACACGGCAACGGAGAAGUCCAGGAUACCAGUGACGAACUCUCUGAUGUUGAGAUUAGCCCUCAAGCAAUAUCCGAUGGAGAAGAUGAAGAGGAAGACGAGGUUGAAGGUGAAGAAGGGGAUGAAGGAGAGGAGGGCGAGGAAGGGGACGGGGACGACCAAGGAGACGAUUCUGAACUGAAGAAUGAGUCCACCGCCGACCUUGAUCUAUCAGUACCACAGAUACCCAAGAAGAGAGGUCCUGGACGACCGCCGAAGAAUGGCAUCAUGUCGAAGCGAGAGCAGCGUUUACUCAAGAAGCAGCAACAGGAGAUGGCAAAGAAGACCCUUCCUCAAGCUCCGCCAGUGGAACCGCCGAUCAAGCGCAAGGUUGGUCGACCUCGGAAACAUCCCUUGCCGGAAAAUGCUGGUGACCGCCCAGAGAAGCGCAAGUACAAACCACGGAAGCCCAAGGAAGAGGGUGGUGAAGGAUCUGAUGCGGAGAGGAGAGCACGAGAGAAGAAGGAAAAGAAAGCUCGACCCAAGUCACCGCCCCUGGAGCUCAAAAUUGAAGACUACACGGAUGAGCAACUACAAAAACCGAAUAAAAAUUACGGUGUCCUCAUUGAUGAGACCCUAACGGCUGCUGGUCCAGACGGCCUGACGCUGAAGCAGAUUUACAAGAGGAUAUGCCAGAGAUAUCCUUGGUUCUAUUUCCAUACCGAGACGAAGGGCUGGGAGAGCAGCGUCAGGCACAACCUCAUUGGGAACGAAGCAUUCAAGAAGGACGAAACAACGAAUCUCUGGUCACGAGUUCCCGGUGUUGAGUUGGACGCAGGGAAGAAGCGCAAGGCCACCUCCCCCGAUAGAGGUUUGGCAGCUCAGGGCUAUGGACCGUACUCGUAUCCAUACAAUGCCGCUCAGCACAUGCCUCCUGGAGCUGCCGCAGGCUACCCUCCUGGUCAAGCACCGCCAGGCUACCCAGCCCUGGGAUAUCAAGGUCAGCCAGGCCAGGUGCCUCGUCCAAUGCAACCUUACGCACCCGCACCGGCUCACGCUGGGCAACCAACCGCACCAGCACCGGCGGCAGCAGCAGCAGCAGCACAGCCAGUUGCUCCAACCCAACUACCGGGAUAUGGACCUCCGCCAGCACCAGCCAGGGCGCAACCUGGUGUUCCUCAGCCGGGCACAUACAGUUCUCCUUAUGCAUCAAGACCGCCUCCGCCGCCGUCGAGCGCUCCAGUUAAGACUGAGCCUGGGACCGCACAUCCAGGUGCUACAGCGCCAGCGCCAGUACAGCCACCUCCGCAGGUUGCGCAAGCAGCGGCCUCUAGAAUUGGUGCCAAAACUGUACCUGGAUCUGCAGGUUCUCCGCAGACAUCUACGCCGGGAAGUCGCCCAUCAGCGACGCCGCCCACCACUGCGCCGCCGAGGCCGGUCAUUGAGCCUCGACUCUUGUCCGCUGUUGUUGGGCUCAAAGAUGGUCUGGUUGACAACCUGAAGAAAGCGCGCAAUCCCAAAGCCGAAGCGAUAGUCAUGUCCGCAUUAAAUCGCUGCGUAGGACUCAAAAAGGAAGCCACAGAGAACGACAAAAUGGAGUCGAUUUGUAUUAAGGGAAUCCGCCAAGUAAUCGAGGGCUUCACCAAGAACAAGAGUCUCGCGCCCGGUGGAUCCGCGUCAACAGAAACACCGCCCAUUUUCGAACCUAGAGUCCUUGCCUCUUUGAACGGAUUCAAAGACGUGUCCAUCAAAGCACUCAAGGUUCGUCUAGGAGAAGCCCGCGCGGAAGCAAUCACCCUCUCCGCUAUAGACCGCGUGCUUGGCUUCGCAAACGCAAGUAUUGUACCACAACCCAGCGAGGGCGACUCGGCAUCAACGCCAACCGGCAACUUGCAGGGUGUGGAGCAGCAUCUCAUCAGUUCUAUUCAGCAACUCCUCAAGGGUAUGAAUCAGAAGCUCAAGGACGAUUAG